CAAAGGGUGAAAAUGGGGGAAUGAUGACCAUGUCCAAUAUUACGUAUAAAGUCUCUCGUGAGGAGAAUGGUCUCCUUCUCUCAUGUGAGGCAUUCAACAAAGCCACCCACUACUCAAGCAGCACAUCUAAGGAACUUCGUGUGUUAUAUCCGCCACUUAAGGUGUGGCUAGAUGCUCCCCCAGAGGAUGUAACACUCCAAGCAGGACAUCCAUUGCGUCUGUUGUGUUUUUCAAGUGGAGGGAAUCCCAGAGCACAGCUCUCAUGGUUUAAAAAUGGUAAAGCCAAACAGGGUACCUCUAAUCAGAUCUCCUUAGAGAGAGGUGUUGCCCGAGAGCUCAGAUUCAUCCUUCAGCCCAGUGACAACUUGGCCACAUUCCGCUGUGACGCUACCAACAAGGCCAAGAAAGUACUUUCUGUCAAGACCAGGCUUAAAGUACAGUUUGCAGCAAUCACUGUAGAAAUACGGGUGCAGAAUGAAUCACAGAAAGUUCUACACAGAGGUGAAAGUGUGAAUCUGGUCUGCUUGUGUGGCAGCAGCAACCCAAAAGCUAAUAUUACCUGGACUGUAGGCUCCAAAAGGCUACGCGGUGUGGAAACACCCAGCAAAGGUGCAGAGUAUGGCGGUGUGUCCUUUACGAGUACUCUGUCCCUCUCUCUCACUUCUCAGCAUCACCAGCAGAGGGUCACCUGCAAUGCUUUCAGCAAACUGCUCUCUGAAGGAGUCGGCUCUUCCUAUACACUCAACGUGCUUUUUCCCCCUGAGUUCAGCUCUGACCAGCCUAAAGAGGUGAAGGCUGUACAAAAUGAUGAAGUCAGUCUUUCUCUGAUGGUGUCUGCCAAUCCAAAAGAAAUAACAUGUGACUGGAUUUAUCAUGGAAGAAAGCUGGAUAAAGAGACUGACUUUCGCUACAGCUGGGAUGAUUUUGUGCUGAAGAUAAAAAAUGUGACAAGACACGAUGCAGGAGUGUAUACCAUUAAAUGCUCAAAUGAAGAGGGGGAGACCCAAACUCAAAUCUUCCUUAGUAUUUAUUAUGCACCAAUGAUCAAAAUUAAAUCAAAUCCUGUGUAUGUGGACAUUGGUGGAACCAUAGAUCUGCUUUGUGAAGUAGACGCCAAUCCUGUAUCUGAUGGAAUGUUCUCCUGGAGUUGGCUUGGGGAUGGAGAGAUAGACCUAGAAUCUCAGCAGGAAGAUGGUACAACUGGAUGGCUGACCCUAUUUGAGGCUACUCGUGCCCACACUGGGACUUACCAGUGCAAAGUCGACAAUGGAAUCAGUCCUCCUGCAGUAGCAGAAAUUCAACUCAUUGUUUAUUUUAAACCACACUUGAAGAAGGGGCCUCAGUGGAAUAAGGUUGCAAGUCGUGGUGAUGGUGUCAGCACAGUGGAUAUAGCAUGUCAAGCAGAGGGCAUGCCCAAGGUACAUUUCAACUGGGCCAAGAAUGGAAGGGCUAUGGAUUUCAGCAAUCCCAGGUAUAUGGAACAUACUGUUCGAGUGGGAGCAGUACAUACAAAUUCACUUAGCAUUGAGAAUGUGAGCGCAACAGAAGACUAUGCUAUCUUCACAUGCACCGCCUCUAACAGCUUGGGGGAGGACAGUAUGGAUAUUCAACUACUCAGCACCAAUCACCCUGAGCCCCCAUCUGACUUAAGACUGCUGCAUGUCAGCAAUAACUCUGUGACACUGGAGUGGAAGCCAGGGUUUGAUGGAGGCUUGUCACAGACAUUUCGUAUCAGGUAUCACUGGAAAGGUUUCUCUAGCUAUCACUAUGUGGAUGUUUUCCCACCCAAAGCAACAGUCUACACAGUCACUGGCCUUCUGCCAGCAACUACUUAUAAUUUUUCUGUGAAUGCUGUCAAUAACAUGGGAGAGAGUAGCUAUGCUGAUGGCAAUACUGCUCUCACUGUUACUACAAGAGGUCAGUAUGAGAGAAGAAACAAAGUGCAGCCUCCCCACUAA